CUAAUCCUCUUAAAGCCAUGGACAUGUCUUGUGGGAAUGCUUAGAGUUCCUUUCUGAAGCAAGUGUAAGCAAAGGUACCUAGCAGCUGCAGUGACCACUGACCCAUCCGCAGGGCGCCUGGCACAAUUUUGGCCCACUUCGCCCAAAGUCCUAGAAAGGUUACAUGACUCACAGGGAUGCAGCAGGCAUGAGAUUACAGGCCUAGAGGAAGAGGCCAGGGCUGUGGGCAGUAUAUUUGACAGGCUCAUACACUGUAAGCCUUGUUCCAGACCCCUUACAAAGCACCUCUUGAGGAUGAAAACAAGAUGUUCUUUGUAAAUAAAAGUUCAUGCAUUUGCGUAAUAAAGUCAUUUUCCAGCCCCGCAGUAAAAGAUACUCUUCUCCCAAGCCCUCUGGGUGAGGACUGUCAGGAGGAGGAUGGGUGGCCAGCAAGUCUCAAUGAAGAUAGCUCAAAGACUGCAGCCUUCCAUCUUUAGAAAAUGAGAAACCUUGCUCCAGAAAGUGGGUGCCCUCCCCCUCUGCCGUCUGACAAGCCGCACCUCUCUGGCUCCUGCCCCUACCCCUGGAAUCCCUUUCCCCCCUCACUUGCCUGCAAACUAGGGGGUCACAUAAAAGAUCUGCAAAAAUACAGAUAGGACAGCGAGCACCUUGGCUAAAUAAAUAAAAGAUGUGAGGAAGCGAUCACAAAGGCUGAAUAUUCAUGGGGGUCCCUUGGAGGGGCUCCAAACUGAGAGCGCGUGGGGAGGGCAGGCCAGGGAAAGGCCCGAGCUCCGUGUGUGAAAUGCCGUUUGGAGUGGGAGGGCCUGGAAGUGGAAGGUAAAAAGGGAGUGGUGAGAAUGGAUGUGGGGAGGAAGGCAGGGCAGCGCAGCCCGCAGACCCCACCCGCCCGGGACAGGAGGUGGCCGGCGGGGCUCGCCCUAACCCCGUCCGCCUUUUGGUGCUCAGCCUUAAGCUGCCUCCAUCUGGACGCCCCUCAGCCAGAGCCUCUGGGGAGAGAGAAAGCGGGAGAGAAAGUGCGAGAGCCAACCGAGGGGGAAAAAGGAAAGAGGAGAGACAAGGGGGGAAGGAGGGCUCCCGCUCACCCUCUCGCUGUGCCUUUUUCACUAAGUUGCGCGUCGGGCCGCCUUGACUUCCCACAUCCGGACAAGGCGGGGGCCGAGAAGGUAAUGCACGCGAGGCACCGCCGCCCCACGGGGGCACCGACGAGGACGCACAGCCGCCGAGCCCCACGCAGCGCCCUGCUGGAUGGCAGCGGAGAGAUGGCCGUGAGCUCAGCCUGGCGCCCCGUCCUGAGGCUCUGGCUCCUCUGGGGCGCUGCCUGCGCGGCCGCCGCGGCCGGGGACGACAGCGCUUUUCCUUUUGACAUUGAAGGGAGCUCAGCGGUCGGCAGACUGGACCCGCCCGAGGCGAGCGAGCCCCGCGUGGCUCCCGGAAGGCUACCGCCCGCCGCCGAGAAAUGUGGUGCCGGAUUCUUUCUCGCCCAGUCGGGAGCAUGUAUGCCCUGUGACUGCAACGGCAAUUCCAAUGAGUGCUUGGAUGGCUCUGGAUUCUGUAUGCACUGCCAGCGGAACACAACAGGAGAGCACUGUGAGAAAUGUCUAGAUGGUUAUAUCGGAGAUUCCAUCAGGGGAGCACCCCGGUUCUGCCAGCCAUGUCCCUGUCCUUUGCCCCACAUGGCCAAUUUUGCAGAAUCCUGCUAUAGAAAAAAUGGAGCCGUUAGGUGUAUUUGUAAAGAAAACUAUGCUGGACCUAACUGUGAAAGAUGUGCCCCGGGUUACUAUGGAAACCCCUUGCUGAUUGGAAGCACCUGUAAGAAAUGUGACUGCAGUGGAAAUUCAGAUCCCAACCUGAUCUUUGAAGACUGUGACGAGGUCACCGGCCAGUGUAGGAAUUGCCUACGCAACACCACAGGAUUCAAGUGUGAACGCUGUGCCCCUGGCUACUAUGGGGAUGCCAGGGUCGCCAAGAACUGCGCAGUGUGCAAUUGUGGGGGAGGCCCAUGUGACAGCGUAACCGGAGAGUGCUUGGAAGAAGGUUUUGAACCCCCUACAGGCAUGGACUGCCCAACCAUAAGCUGUGAUAAGUGCAUCUGGGAUCUGAUCGAUGACCUUCGGUUAGCGGCACUCUCUAUUGAAGAAAGCAAAUCGGGUCUGUUGAGCGUAUCAUCCGGAGCCGCUGCUCAUAGGCACGUGAAUGAACUCAACUCCACCAUCUACCUCCUCAAAACAAAAUUGUCAGAAAGAGAAAACCAGUAUGUCCUAAGAAAGAUACAAAUCAACAAUGCUGAGAACACAAUGAAAAGCCUUCUGUCUGAUGUGGAGGAAUUAGCGGAAAGGGAAAGUCAAGCCUCAAGAAGGGGCGAACUGGCUCAGAAGGAAAGCAUGGAUACCAUCAACCACGCCACGCAGCUUGUGGAGCAAGCUCAUGAUAUGAGGGAUAAAAUUAAAGAGAUCAACAACAAGAUGCUCUAUUAUGGGGAGGAACAGGAACUUAGCUCUGAGGAAAUCUCUGAGAAGAUGGUGUUGGCCCAGAAGAUGCUUGAGGAGAUCAGACGCCGUCAACCAUUCCUCAUGCAGCGGGAGCUAGUGGACGAGGAGGCAGAUGAAGCCCAGGAACUGCUGAACCAAGCUGAGAACUGGCAGCGGCUGUACAAUGAUACUCGCUCCCUGUUUCCUGUCGUGCUGGAGCAGCUGGAUGACCACAGUGCUAAGUUGUCAGACCUCCAGGAAUCACUUGACCAGGCUCUUGACCGCGUCAGGGACGCCGAAGACAUGAACAGAGCCACAGCAGCCAGGCAGCGGGACCUCGAGAAACAACACGAGAGAGUGAGGGAACAGAUGGAAGGGGUGAAUGCUUCUCUGAAGACGUCUUUGGAUUCUCUGACAACACCCCGUCUGACCCUUUCAGAACUUGAUGAUAUAAUAAAGAAUGCAUCAGGGAUUUAUGCAGAAAUAGAUGGAGCCAAAAAUGAACUACAAGGAAAGCUCUCCAACCUAAGUAACCUUAGUCAUGAUUUAGUCCAAGAAGCCGUCGACCAUGCCCAGAACCUUCAACAAGAGGCUGAUGAAUUGAGCAGGAAUUUGCACAGUUCAGAUAUGAACGGGCUGGUACAGAAGGCUUUGGACGCUUCAAAUGUCUAUGAAAAUAUUGCCAAUUAUGUUAGUGAAGCCAAUGACACAGCAGAAUUGGCUUUGAACAUCACUGACCGAAUUUAUGAUGCUGUGAGUGGGAUUGAUACUCAAAUUAUUUACCAUAAGGAUGAGAGCGAGAACCUCCUCAAUCAAGCCAGAGAACUACAAGCAAAGACAGACCCUAGUAACGAUGAGGCAGUAGCUGAUACCAACAGGCGUGUGGGUGGAGCUCUAGCAAGGAAGAGUGCUCUUAAAAACAGAUUGAAUGAUGCCAUUAAGCGACUACAAGCCACGGAGAGAGGUGAUGCUCAGCAGCGCCUGGGUCAGUCAAGGCUGAUCACGGAGGAAGCUAACAAGACCACAGUGGAAGUCCAGCAGGCAGCCGCCCCGAUGGCUCACAAUCUGACCAGCUGGUCGCAAAAUCUGCAGAAUUUUGACUCUUCUGCUUACAACACUGCAGUGGCCUCUGCCAGAGAUGCAGUAAGAAAUUUGACAGAGGUUGUCCCUCAGCUCCUGGAUCAGCUUCGCACCGUAGAACAGAAGCGGCCUGCAAGCAACGUUUCUGCCAGCAUCCAGAGGAUCCGGGAGCUUAUUGCUCAGACCAGAAGCGUCGCCAGCAAGAUCCAAGUCUCCAUGAUGUUCGAUGGCCAGUCAGCAGUGGAGGUACACCCCAAAACCAGUAUGGAUGACUUAAAGACCUUCACGUCCCUGAGCCUGUACAUGAAGCCUCCUCCCAUGAAGCAGCCAGAACUAGCGGGGGCUGCAGACCGGUUUAUCCUGUACCUUGGAAGCAAACACGCCAAAAAAGAAUACAUGGGUCUUGCAAUCAAAAAUGAUAACCUGGUGUACAUUUACAAUUUGGGAACUAAGGAUGUGGAGAUUCCCCUGGACUCCAAACCCGUCAGUUCCUGGCCUGCUUACUUCAGCAUUGUCAAGAUUGAAAGGGUAGGAAAACACGGAAAGGUGUUUUUAACAGUCCCAAGUCUAAGUAGCACUGCAGAGGAAAAGUUUAUUAAAAAGGGAGAAUUCGCAGGAGAUGACUCCUUGCUGGAUCUGGACCCCGAGGACACCGUGUUUUAUGUUGGUGGAGUGCCUCCAAACUUCAAGCUCCCUGCAAGCUUAAACCUGCCUGGCUUCGUCGGCUGCCUGGAAUUGGCCACUUUGAAUAAUGAUGUGAUCAGCUUGUACAACUUCAAGCGCAUCUAUAACAUGGAUCCCUCCAAGUCAGUGCCCUGUGCCAGAGAUAAACUGGCCUUCACUCAGAGUCGGGCUGCCAGCUAUUUCUUCGAUGGCUCUAGUUAUGCCGUGGUGAGGGAUAUCACAAGGAGAGGGAAGUUCGGUCAGGUGACUCGCUUUGACAUAGAAGUUCGAACGCCAGCUGACAACGGCCUCGUGCUCCUGAUGGUCAAUGGGAGUAUGUUCUUCAGCUUGGAAAUGCGCAAUGGUUACCUACAUGUGUUCUAUGACUUUGGAUUUAGCAACGGCCCUGUGCAUCUUGAGGACACGUUGAAGAAAGCUCAAAUUAAUGAUGCCAAAUACCAUGAGAUCUCAAUCAUUUACCACAAUGAUAAGAAAAUGAUUUUGGUGGUUGACAGACGACAUGUCAAGAGCAUGGACAAUGAAAAGAUGAAAAUACCUUUCACAGACAUAUACAUUGGAGGGGCUCCCCCAGAAAUUUUACAAUCCAGGACCCUCAAAGCACACCUUCCCCUAGAUAUCAACUUCAGAGGAUGCAUGAAGGGUUUCCAGUUCCAAAAGAAAGAUUUCAAUUUAUUAGAGCAGACGGAAACCCUGGGAGUUGGUUAUGGAUGCCCAGAAGACUCUCUCAUAUCUCGCAGGGCAUAUUUCAGUGGACAGAGUUUCAUUGCUUCGAUUCAGAAAAUAUCUUUCUUCGAUGGCUUUGAAGGAGGUUUCAAUUUCCGAACGUUACAGCCAAAUGGGUUACUAUUUUAUUAUGCCUCAGGGUCAGAUGUGUUCUCCAUUUCGUUGGACAACGGCACUGUGGUCAUGGAUGUAAAGGGGACCAAGGUGCAGUCGGCAGAUAAGCACUACCAUGACGGGCUGUCCCACUUCGUCAUUACCUCUGUCUCACCCACAAGAUAUGAACUAAUAGUAGAUCAAAGCAGACUUGGGAGCAAGAACGCUCCCAAAGAGAAGGUGGAACAGACGCAAGCAAGUGAAAAGAAGUUUUACUUUGGUGGCUCACCCAUCAGUCCCCAGUUUGCUAAUUUCACUGGCUGUAUAAGUAAUGCCUACUUUACCAGGUUGGACAGAGAUGUGGAGGUAGAAGAUUUUCAGCGGUACUCUGAAAAGGUCCACACUUCUCUGUAUGCAUGUCCUAUUGAGUCUUCGCCGUUGUUCCUCCUUUACAAAAAAGGCAAAAACUCCUCAAAGCCCAAACCAAGUCAGAAUAAAAAGGGAGAAAAAAGUAAAGAUGCGCCUUCAGGGGAUCCUGCCAGCCUGAAGUUCCCAGAGCGGAAUGCUCCAAGAGAUUCCUACUGCCACCUUUCCAACAGUCCUAGAGCAAUAGAGCACGCCUAUCAGUAUGGAGGGACCGCCAACAGCCGCCAAGAGUUUGAACACUUAAAAGGAGAUUUUGGUGAAAAAUCUCAGUUUUCCAUUCGUCUGAAAACUCGUUCCUCCCAUGGGAUGAUUUUCUAUGUCUCAGAUCAAGAAGAGAAUGACUUCAUGACUCUAUUCUUAGCCCAUGGCCGCUUGGUUUUCAUGUUUAAUGUUGGCCACAAGAAACUGAAGAUUAGAAGCCAAGAGAAAUACAAUGAUGGAGUGUGGCAUGAUGUGAUAUUUAUUCGGGAAAAGAGCAGUGGCCGACUGAUAAUUGAUGGCCUCCGAGUCCUAGAAGAGAGUCUUCCUCCUACUGGAGCUGCCUGGAAAAUAAAGGGUCCUAUUUAUUUAGGAGGUGUGGCUCCUGGAAGGGCUGUGAAAAAUGUCCAGAUAAACUCAGUCUACAGUUUCAGCGGCUGCCUCAGCAAUCUUCAGCUCAACGGGGCCUCGAUCACCUCUGCAUCUCAGACAUUUAGCGUGACUCCUUGUUUUGAAGGUCCGAUGGAAAUGGGAACGUACUUUUCAACAGAAGGAGGAUACGUGGUUCUAGAUGAGUCUUUCAAUAUUGGACUGAAGUUUGAGAUUGCAUUUGAAGUCCGUCCCAGAAGCAGUUCCGGAACCCUCGUUCAUGGCCACAGUGUCAGCGGAGAGUACCUGAAUGUUCACAUGAAAAAGGGGCAGGUCAUAGUGAAAGUCAACAAUGGCAUCCGAGACUUUUCCACCUCAGUAACACCCAAGCAGAGUCUCUGUGAUGGCAGAUGGCACAGAAUUACAGUUAUUAGAGAUUCAAAUGUGGUUCAGUUGGAUGUAGACUCCGAAGUCAACCACGUGGUUGGACCCCUGAAUCCAAAACCAGUUGAUCACAGGGAGCCUGUAUUUGUUGGAGGUGUUCCAGAGUCUCUGCUGACCCCGCGCUUGGCCCCCAGCAGACCCUUCACAGGCUGCAUCCGUCACUUUGUGAUUGACGGGCGGCCCGUGAGCUUCAGUAAAGCAGCCCUGGUCAGCGGCGCCGUGAGCAUCAACUCUUGUCCAACAGCCUGACGCGGCAGAGCAAAACUGCCCCUACGAAGUUCUUGAGAGCACUGAAAGAAACACAAAGCCAGCUGGGAGGAACAGCGACUUUUCCUCCCGGUGGGAGCCUUCAUCUAGUUGAGCAGGACUUAAAUGAAUCGUCAGGGACUGGGUGUUUAUUAAUAAUUUCUUGGAUUCUGACCUUGGAUCCAAAAGGUCUCCAAUGAACAACAAAGGAGUGUUACACUUACUUGUAUUAUUUCCUGCUGGUGAAAUUACUGUUCCUGUUUCUAAUAAAAUAGAAGGGAUCCUAAAUAAACACUGGCACACAUUUUUUU